AUGUCAGUUAUGCAGAAAGGUCAUUUCAUAGGAGAGGAUUUAAGAAAACUCGUUUUGAAGAAAAUAGUUUCAGCCGGCGGGGAUGCUGAAAUGGCAACUGUGCCGCGCGGAAUAUUCGCUUCUGUUGCUAAACAAUUGGAGAUUCAUCAUACAACAGUGAAAAACAUUUGGACUACAUAUUGUGUAAACAAAACUACUAAACGAAAGGAAUACAAACGGUACAAUAAUGGUAAAUUACACGCUGAUCAUAAACAAUAUAUUGACUAUUUGGUUCGCUGCGAACCUUCGAUUUCACUUGGCAGCAUUCGUGACAAACUUAUAGAAAACUGUGACCUUCAAAUUUCAACAAAAUCAAUAUCAAACUAUUUGAAAAAGGUCGUUUCGAGAAAAAUUCUCACGCGACCGGCAGCUGACCGUUACAAAGAUGAUAAUAUGAUCUAUAUGCAAGCCUUUCUGGAUGUUCUCCACACAAAGGAUGUAAAAACAAUCAAGUUUUUUGACGAGAGUGGGUUUGCGAAACCCGAUGUGAACAGUGCUCGUUACGGACGUUCGGCAGUAGGAGAGCGUGCUAUCGAAACACAAGACAGACAAAAGACUCCAAAUAAAACUUUCAAUUUACUCAUUGGCGUUCAGGGCGUAUGUUACGCUAAUAUACUUCCAGGUGCGAGUACAACGGACACAUAUAUAGACUUUUUUUUCAAAGCUGUAAAUGCAACUACCAAUGAUGGUUAUUUUGCUCUUAAACCUGGUGAUAUUGUGGUAGUAGACAAUUGUCCAAUUCAUCAUCACAGAGGUGAAGACGUGUUAGCACCAUUCCUGGAUAUGUUAGGAAUCGAGUACAUUUUCUUGCCAAGAUAUUCCCCCAACCUGAAUCCGAUUGAAUUAUGUUUUCAACACAUAAAGACAUUAUUUAAAACAGAACUUGUUCGUGCACUAGCAAAGGAUAAUCUAGAGUACGCAAUCAUGCACUGUGUAAAUGGAAUAACGGCUGCUAAUUGCUAUGCUUAUUACCAGCAUGCUAACUAUAUGCAAAUAUGA